AUGGCAAUGGCACUGCGUAACCUUGUGACCAGGAUGGGGACCCCGGCCGCCGCCGCUCUCCGGCCGCCGUCGGUAUCCCGCGGGGCGCAGGCGGCGCGCUCUCGGCCCUUCUCCCGUCAGGUUGAACAUGAGGAUAUUUCCAAGAUACGUGCCAAAAAGAAGUAUGAGUUCAGCCUGUUCCUCCUUGAACAGUCAGAAAAACAGCUGGAGUCUGCGAAGGCCUGGACUCAGAGGUUUCAAAGGGCAGACAAGUACCUGGGUUGGACUCUCAAGGUGGUCAUGCCUGCUUCUCUUGUGGCUGCGAUAGCAGGGUCCAAGUAG